GCGAGAGCUCGCAAGCGGCGCGCAGUUCCGGGCAGCUCCCUUCCCGGCCAGCGUCAGCGGAGCAGUGCGCAGGCGCAGCCGGCGGGUUUCCCGGGCUACCGUCUGAACCAGCUAGUCCGCCGCCGGCUGGUCCGACCCCCUGCGCCAUGGCUGGCUGCGCGGCGCGGGUUCCGCCGGGCUCCGAGGCGCGCCUCAGCCUGGCCACCUUUCUGCUGGGCGCCUCGGUGCUCGCGCUGCCGCUGCUCACGCGCGCCGGCCUGCAGGGCCGCACCGGGCUGGCGCUCUAUGUGGCGGGGCUGAACGCGCUGCUGCUCCUGCUCUACCGGCCGCCGCGCUACCAGAUAGCCAUCCGAGCUUGCUUCCUUGGCUUCGUGUUCGGCUGCGGCGUGCUGCUCAGCUUUAGCCAGUCCUCUUGGAAUCACUUUGGCUGGUAUGUGUGCUCGCUGUCAUUGUUCCACUAUUCCGAGUACUUAGUGACAGCUGUCAAUAACCCCAAAAGCCUGUCCUUGGAUUCCUUCCUCCUGAAUCACAGUCUGGAGUACACCGUCGCGGCUCUUUCUUCUUGGAUAGAGUUCACGCUUGAAAAUAUCUUCUGGCCAGAGCUGAAGCAGAUCACCUGGCUCAGCGCCACAGGGCUGCUCAUGGUGGUCUUUGGUGAGUGCCUGCGCAAGGCUGCCAUGUUCACGGCCGGCUCCAACUUCAACCACGUGGUGCAGAACGAGAAGUCGGACACCCACACCCUGGUGACAAGCGGGGUGUAUGCCUGGUUCCGGCACCCUUCCUACGUGGGCUGGUUCUACUGGAGUAUUGGGACCCAGGUGAUGCUGUGUAACCCCAUCUGUGGGGUGGUCUACGCCCUGACCGUGUGGCGCUUCUUCCGAGAUCGAACCGAGGAGGAGGAGAUCUCACUCAUCCACUUCUUCGGAGAGGACUACUUAGAGUACAAGAAGCGGGUGCCCACGGGCCUGCCUUUCAUCAAGGGGGUCAAGGUGGAGCUAUGAUGGGCGGGGCCAGGUGGGGCCGACCUCAGGGACUGCGGCGCUCUGGUCGGCCACUGCAGGACGGAUUUUCUUAAUAAUUUUUUAUGUCACUAAUUACUCCUCCGGAGCAUCACCCAAGACCACACGGUCAGGAGGCCUUAGGACCCAAAGCCCCGCCGGAGCAAUCUCGAGCUGAGCCCCGGUCGGGGUAGGUUUCUGAGGAACAUGAAGCAAAUCACAGCAAUAUUCAUCAGUCCCGCUUUCUAGGCGGCCAGGUGAGGACCCGAGCCUCGUGGCAGUGCCCUCAGCCACCGUGUGUGUGCCUGGUGUUGGGGUUCCCUCAGGAGCGAGGGGCCUGCCUGCCUGGCUCAGCAGGGUCUGCUGCUGAGGGCAGCGGGGUACCUACUCGGCAGCAUUAAAGAUGCACUGAAAGCCCUCAUGUCACCGAGAAGCACCGCAGCACGGCUGUAACCUCCAGUGUCCUCCAGUGCAUGCACAUCUGUAUAAGCUCAAGUCCCUGCCUCCUGGCACUUUGCUCCUCGUGCAUUUAACUGUAUCCACACUCGUUUUUGAUCGGUAGCAGGAUAAAUGUAAAGGGGCCCCUGGGGGCUUUCUAGGUCCAGCUUGUAUUGGUCAGCAAGUGAGCACAGACCCCUGACACAGUUCAGCCGGUAGCUUUAGGUGACCGUGGCCCCCGUGUGCUUUCCCCAGGUCCUGACCCCUGCUCUUUUCCUGUUGCCGGUGACAAGUGGGUCACAGAUGAGCCAUUUUCCCUUGACCCAGGAGGCACUUGCGGGAUGCAGACACCGCUGAGCAGUGUGAAAUUCCCCGCUGUCCAUUUACGCGGGCUUCUGUCCUGCUGUUCCUACAGCUCGUGUUUCUGUGUCUCUGUCCAUCUAUCCAGCAUUGGGCUCUGGGUUCUCCUCCUCCCCAGUGCUGGUUCAAGCUGCCUUUCCCAAAGGGCUCCAGCAUAGACCUGUGUAGGCACACCCCCUCCUGAAAAGAACCUUAAAUAGAGCCCACCAGCCGGGCUGAGGUUCUGUGUCAGCUCGGCCCCACAUUGUGGGGAGAGGAAUCACCUUUGUGAGGCAGACUGAGACCUGGGUGUCAUCCUUGGUGAAUCCUGGACCCGAAGAGAACAUGGUCUUGGUGUUAGGUCUUCCUGAGCAGCUUUGCAGGAGCACAGGUGAGAGUGCCAUUGGCCUGUAGGCCUCCAGCGCACCAUGGCUUUUGAGGGGCUGUCAGACCCUUCGUGGGUAGCCUCUCAUCUGCAGGACGGGCCUGUGCCGCCUACCUCACAGGGCUGUUGUGAGGACUUAGGGUACUAGUGUCUGGUAUUAAGCAAACUCGACACAGUGUCAUCGUGUGGCGUAAAAGCAUGCAGGUGGGCCAGCUGGUUACCUGCACAGGUCCCUAAGGUGUAUUUAAAGAGGGUUUUGCCAGCUAAGAAACAUCCCUCAUCUCUAGAUUCCUUGGCUUAAUUUUCUCAUUGUUCUGUAUACCAAAGAGGCUCAAGGGAUAGGUCGAUUGUCAGCAUUAGCCUUGCUGGCUUGAGAGCUGUCGGCCCUGGUUACCUCAGAGGGGCUCACAGACCCGAGUCCUUGGGGAGCCAGGCCAGGGGGACAUCAGAUGCAUCAUUCAUUCUUGGGAUGGGAGUCAAAUUGGUGCCCAGCUCCCCCAAACCACAGAUACUGAGCAGCUGUUGCUCAGCAGGCCGUAGUGGCGCAGGUCAGGUCAGGACUGGCAGUCUUGGGCACUCUGAGGGGACAUUCUUCCCGCCCGCCUGCACCCUAGUGGGGCUGGCGUCUGUGUUCCCUGGGGGUGAGGCCGUGAAGUUACCUGUUUUGAUGGAUGGGGAGCAGCUGAUGACGGCCCCUGGCAUUGUGUGUGCGUGGUGCGGCUGGGUGUUGCCAUCUGAUGCCAAGCUCCAUCUGCCAGAGGCCAGAAAGCAAAUCUUCACGCAGACCUAGGAGUGAAGGAGCCCAGGCCUUGGGGUUUUGCAGGGGCGUGGAGAAGGAGGACGUCCAUCCUUACCCUGGUGAUGGCCCCAGCACAGCUCUGCUCCCCAUCAAGUGGAGAGUUAAAUGGGGAGCAGGGCCAACAUGAAGUGAAACCCUGGGGAUGCAGACAGCUUCUGGAGCCCAGCAACACCCCCGGGCUGGUGGGACGGGACGGUUGACCCGGUCCGGCGCCUUGGACCCUUCUCUGCACUUUCUCGCGCUGCCUUAGGUAGCUUCAACCCCACACUGUACUUCGCUUCCGCUUGCGUAGCGGCUCGGCCAGAUUAGGUGACCUCAGCCUCUCUGUCCUGGUGGGAAGGGCGGCCCCACCCCAGAGAGGGACUUAACAGAGUAAUUCUUCUACUCUUCUGUUUACAUACAGAAAUGUUUAUUUAAAUAUUUUAAAUUGGAUUUUCCUUCACAGAUACUGAUGAUUCUUCCCAGUUCUUAAAUCAAUAAAGUGAAAUAUUUGAUUUCA